AAAUUAAAAGCCAUCAAAGCUGUGCCAUUCCCGCGCGGCAUUGGCUUUCGAUCGAGACCACGAAAACUCCAGCGGCCACGACGCCGUUGCCGCUCGCACUUGUUGUUCAAAAGUCACAUCCUCUUGACUUCUAUCUUGUGUUGUGGCAAUGGCAGAACCAGCAGAAGAAGUAGAGCGCAAGAUGGAAGAGUCGGCAGUUGAGAAGAAAGAGGAAGCUCCGGUUGCGACCGGCAGCAGCAGUCCAGAUGACGGAAUCCGUCGAUCCGGCAGAAAGCGAGCUUCGACCAUUAUGAUCAUCAACGGCCACGCUGUGAAGAAAGCCAACAACUAUGUCCUCAAGGGAGGUACUUAUUCACAUGGAGUCUACACUGAGGAUGAACAGAAAAAGGCUGCGUCCUCCAAAAAUCCCAAGAAACAAGGAGGUCCUCGCAAGGCGGAAGCUCGCAAGGUUUCGGCAUCGGAAACUGCUCGCAUGGACUGUAACGACAAUGUCAAAAAGAGUGUCCAAUCCAAGGAACCUCUCCGACGGGACUUUUUGGUCAGAAACAGAGAGUUGAUUGAACCGUUCAUGGACGAAAACACAAAGAGAAUGGUGGACAACUGGGGACAACUAAAGAAACCAGCAAAGAAAUUCGAAAAGCAAGAGCUGUUUGCGCAGCCAGAGUUAGUGGAAGGUGGAGAAAUGAGAGACUAUCAGCUUGCCGGCCUCAACUUUAUGGUGGAAAUGCACCAACAGAAUCUUGGAAUGAUCUUGGGAGAUGAAAUGGGCCUAGGAAAGACCUUACAAACCAUCUCUCUCUUGUGCUAUUUGAAAGAGCAUCUAGGACAGAGUGGACCAAGUUUGGUGGUUUGCCCACUAUCAGUUUUGUAUUCAUGGUGCUCUGAAGCUCAAAAAUGGGCCCCUUCUCUCAAGGUGCUGCGACUACAUGCCACCAAUAGUGAGGAUCAAGCCAAUCAACGAAGAGAACUUGUGGAACAUGCAACCGAAUAUGAUCUGGUGGUGACAACCUACGAGAUGAUCAAGGUCCAGCAGUUGCAAUUCAUGUUUAACCGCAUCCACUUUCGAUAUCUCGUUUUAGAUGAAGGACAUAAAAUUAAGAGCGGCUUGACACUCGUUGCCCAAGCAGUCCGCAGAUUGCAUUCGGAGAAUCGCCUUCUGUUGACCGGAACACCUCUGCAGAACAAUUUAUCCGAGCUGGUGCAGUUGCUCAAUUUUCUGCUCCCAGAUAUCUUUAACAAUUUUGAGCCCUUUGAGAAUGCAUUUGACAUUACAAACAAUGUGAUCGACAAGGAGAAAAUGAUGCAAGCCCAAAAAGUCUUGGGCUUGUUCAUGAUUCGCCGUCUAAAGAAUCAGGUGGAAAAACUCAUGCCCAAGAAAAUCGAAACAAAGGUGUAUUGCCCGCUCUCUCGGAAUCAGAUCUUUUGGUACAAGGCCAUCCUGAUGAAGGAUCUUAGUUACUUGGAGAGGCACGACAGCAAAGACGGCACAGUGGGUGCCACCGCGGCGCAAAAAUUGGCGGGCCUCUUUAUGCAACUGCGAAAAGCUUGUCUGCAUCCUUUUCUCUUUGAUGGAGCAGAACCAGACAUUGGAGCGACAACGCUUGAACAACUCAUUGGUGCCUCUGGUAAACUGGCCGUCUUGGACUCCUUGUUGCAAAGUCUUUUUAAAAAGGGACACCGCUGUGUCAUCUUCUCACAAUUCACAAGCAUGCUUGACAUCCUCACCGACUAUUGUACCAUGCGAGGUUGGCGACAUCACCUCUUCGAUGGAAGAACGUCCCGUGCGAGAAGAAACUAUUUUGUCAACGCAUUCAAUGCAAAGAACAGCGAUGUCUUUCUGUUCUUGAUGUCGACCCGCAGUGGUUCAAUGGGCCUCAAUCUCCAAACAGCCGACACAGUGAUCCUCUUUGAUUCUGACUUCAAUCCACAGAUGGACCUUCAGGCUCAGGCACGUGUUCACCGCAUUGGGCAAAAGAAAACAGUUCAUGUCUACAGGUUGGUUGCGGGUGGAACCGUGGAAGAAAGACUCGUGGAGCGAGCAGAGAAGAAGCUACUCCUUGAUCAGAUGGUGAAUCGCGAUCGGCCUGCAGGCGGGGCGCCAGACGCCAACGAAAAAGAAGGCUUUUCGGGGAGUGAAAUGCUAAAGGAUAUCAAGUUCGGGAGCGCCGCAGUUUUUGGCGAUUCUUCCCUCAAUAGUUUGCCUGCUGCGAAGGAUAUUGAGUUCAUCACGGACCGCAAGCGUUCCGAAAUGGACUCGGAUGGCAAGCUGAAGGGCAACGUUUUUCACAAAGGAGACACUUUUGAUGUUACAAAGGAGCUCUCCGCUAGCCAAACGUUCCAGGGUAUUGAUUUCAAGAAACUUCGACAAGUGCAGAAAGGCAAAGGCGAGGAGGACAUUCCAACUUCUCUGCGAGGCAUCUCACGAAUGUGGGUCGACAACGAAAGCAAGCGAAAGAAGAAGAGUCGUGUUGUGAUGGUGAAAGGCAACAAUAGCGGUUAUGGCCAAGCAAUGGUGCCUGUCUUGGCCUCCAACAACUACGACUUGGAAAACGGGGAGUCAUCGGUGUUCGACCGCGAACUUUCCAGCAAAGCCAAGGACGGCUAUACGGUAAAAAAGCACAAGAGGGCAAAGGUGCCGGAUCACCAAGAUUUCUGCCAGGUUUGCGGCGAUGGUGGAACGAUCUACCUUUGUUCUCGUUGCCCCGUUUCUGUCCAUCGGCGGUGCUGUGCAACCGUCGACAACAUGCAACCAUCAUGCCCUCAUCACUGGUGCUGUCUUUGUGAAAAACCUGCUCAAUUCGUGGGAGGAAUCCUUUUCCCUUGCCAAGCUUGUCCCAACGCCUAUUGCGAGGACUGCUUGCCGACAGGAAACCCUGGAUUUCGAUACUUGGAGCAAUGCGAUCGUUUUGAAGAAAUGGGAUUCAACUCUACCAAGACUUCUGUUUACAUUCACUGCUCCACCCAUUGUGAGGAGUACGCGAAACAAAACCUUGGCUGGAAGGCUCCUAGCACGAAGCGACAAAGUUGCCCAAAGAAAAUCGACGUUUCUGCGGAGUUUGGCGGAGAAGAGGAGGGAAGCACUGAAUUGACUCAAGCAGCAGCGGCUGCAUUGCCCGCAGUGGCACCCCGUACCGUGUCUACCUCAGAGUCUUCAUCGCCUUCUGGCAGCGAAUCCGGCGCAGACAGGCCUGGCAGUGUUGCGGGUGCUGCAAUCAAUGUCGACUUGUCGCUUGAUGACGAUGAUCAAGGAGGACAAGGAUACGUGUAGAUAGUUGCAUUGAUGUUGCAGGAAGACUUGGUACCGACACGAAGCAUGCUCUAGUCGGGGAGAUGGAAAAUGCGAAUAACUUUGUCUUCGGGGUCGAGUUUCUCAGAAGGUUGAUAUAGUUGCCUAAUAGAUGAUGUAUUGAUCGCAAUGCUCAUACUUGUAAAGGUUGGCUCAAAGAUCGCCCAUCCUGACGCGACUAGUGGAGCGACGACUAGCUAGGAGCCAUUGGUCAGUGGUGCAGAGGGGGCUAAGAAAUUUGUUUGAAUGAAUACGCUACUGCUGCCAUCUAUAUCCUUUAGUAUCUGGUCGCCGAUCCUUUCAUAAGCUCAGCGAACACAUUAGUCACGACAGUAUCAGCAUCAUUUGAUGUUCUUGCUCGGAUGGGACUCGCUCAAUUCCGAGGCCCAUCAAGGUUGUUCCCAUCCUUCCGGCCCAUUCAAGUGUCGACUCUUGUUGUCCAUCCUCAUAUGGCGACAGUUCUUGCUCUUCUGGUGUCCGUCUGCGGGAGCUGGAAGCUACCGGUACCGCAGAUAUCGACACACUGAAGGAAGAACUCAACGAGGCAUCGUUGUCUGAUGUUACAGUCCUCUUGCUAGAAGUUGUACGAGUAGCCUUGUGCUCCAACGUCCGAGAAACCUUUUUCAUGGUGCUCACCGAAAAGAAAUCAUCUUCAGUGUCGCCAACGGUGUAGCCCAACUCGAAUUCUGUCAUUGAAGUAUCCAUUUUGCCGUCUGUGAUUGCUUUCCUUCGUUAUAGCUAUUGCUGUUGGUUUGUAAUGCUGAUUCGAUUUGUGUCCACAAGGUGCCAACAUUGGCAAACCACGCAAGCUGCAUGCAACAAACUGGGGUAACCACUUUCGCCGAUCGCGUUGAUAUCGAUGGUCGUGUCCCUGGUGAUGGGUGUGGAUCGGAAUAUCGUGGGAACUGUUGAACAACAAGGUUGGUUCCGACAGGUCUUCCGACCCACUGUUACUGGAAAGCACGACCCCAUCAGUAACACACUUUCUGAAGGUGUGGGUGUGCGGCUGGGAACGAAAGAAGUGAAAGAAAACAAGAAAACUACCGGUCAAUAAAAUAUUAAUAGUAUUUUAAAAUAGUACUGUACCGGUUGCAUACAGUACUAUUAUUUAAUAAUACUAGUAGCUAAUAGGAAGUAGGAAGACAGGAAGACCCCC